AUGGCCAACAGGUAUAUCCUCCAAAUCACUCUCCUGUUGUCCUUCUCCACCGUAUCUCUUUCUGUAAGCUACAACUUGCUUCAACUCCAACAACGCAAUAGCAGUUUGGCCUGUCAGGAGCUUUUGAAGAAGUUGAAAGGAAAGCCUGAAUAUUGCCACGAUGACAGUAUGGAUUUCAAAUUCCCUGAGGAGAUCAAGCAACCACAGCAGUUCCGGAAGGAGAAGGCUGCUCUUGUCAUCCAGGAGAUGCUCCAGAAUAUCUUGGACAUUGUCAGAAGAAGUUUCUCCAACACUGUGUGGGAUGAGACCAUUGUAAAGAACCUCCUUCUUGAACUCCAUCAGCAGAUAGACAGUCUGAAGACACUCCUGAAGGAAAAACUGGAGGAGAAGGGCAUUACCUGGGAGGACUCCAAGACCAUUCCACGCCUGAAGGGGUAUUAUUGGAGGAUCAGGAGGCACCUGAAGGCCAAGCACAGCAGCAUUUGUGCCUGGACAGUAGUCCAGGUGGAACUCUUCAGGAACUUUUCCUUCGUUAACAGACUUACAGAUUGUUUCCAAGACUGA